UUGGUAGAACUUCAAAAACAAUCAUUUCCUUUUCUUAUUUUUGAUUACAAAAUGUUGUUAAACAAAGACUUGGAUGAUGAUGUCGAAAUUCGUAGACUUUGGUCAGAAAGCAUUUAUAAUCAAGAUUAUCAACAAACAUUUGUAAAGACUGAUGAAUUUUAUGAUUUUAUUAUUAUUGGAGCUGGAACUGCUGGAUGCGUUUUAGCAAGAGAAUUGAUUUACAAUAUCCCUAACAUUAAUAUUUUGGUAUUAGAAGCUGGUCCAUCAGAUACCCAUAUUAAUGAUAUAAUGCGUUCACCAUGCGCCUCUUCUACGGUUUCUCGAACAAGUGAAACAGAUUGGGGUUAUUUCACUGAAGUUCAAAAAAUGCCUGGUACUGUUGAUCCUACUGAAGAAGUAUUAAAUAAAAGUUUUCCCUAUCCACGUGGCAAGGUUAUUGGAGGAUGUAGUAGUGUGAAUGCAAUGGCUUAUAUGCGAGGUCAUAAAGAUGAUUAUGAUAGUUGGGCUGCUCAAGGUCCUGAAUACAUUAUUUGGAACUAUCAUCACUGCCUUGAAGCUUUCAAAGCGGUUGAAAAUAAUGCACGUAAAAAUUCAGAUGAAGAAUUUAAAAAUUAUCAUGGAUUCAAUGGUUUGCUUCAUGUACAAGAUUCUCCAGUUGAUAAAUUUGAUAUUUCUAAAGAUGCUUUUAAAGUCGCAAGAGAUUUUAAUAUUCCUUAUAAUAAUGAUUUCAAUGGGGUUCGACAAAAUGGAGUAGUAGGAUAUCAACGUUGUACAUUGGCUGAUGGUUUUUUGACAGAUGCAUUGAAAGAAGUUAAAAUAUAUCCUCCAAAACCAUUUAUUCAAGGAUGCCCUCAUCCACCACCAUUAGAUGAUAAUGUUGGCAAGUUCGUGGCAGUUAAUGUUAAAUCCUUUGCUCACGUGUUAAAUAUUAUUUGGGAUGAAAAAAAGAGCGAUAAGAAUGUUGCAAUUGGAGUGAGAUAUUUUUGUAAUGGUAGAAUUCACAAUUCUUAUAUUGCUCCAAAAGGUGAAGUUAUUAUUUGUGGUGGUGCUAUUAAUAAAGAAAAUAAUAUCAAAGUUCGUAAAGAAUUACCAGUUGGACGUAAUUUGUUGGAUCAUCCCUCAUGUUGCAUUGCUGCCACAGUUUCUGUUCCAAAUAGUACAAGUGUUUCUAAAUUGAAUUAUUCGGGUUUUGGAGUAGAUUUUGUAAUUUUUCACAAAGGUAAUAGUCAAGGAAAGGUUCCUAGUAAAAAUGAAUUCCUUGAUGAACGUCCUGAUAUUCAACUUUACGGUAUUCUUGAAAACAAUCCAACGGAAGAAAAAGAAUUUUAUUCUAUGUUAUCAUCUCUUAAUAUUCCAUCAAGUGUUGGUCAUUUGGAAUUACGUAGCUCUAAUCCAUUUGCACACCCAAAAAUAUUUCUUAAUUUCUAUCAAAAACCUGAUGAUUUGUAUAGAAUGAUGAGUAGUCUUAAAUUAUUAUGUGAAAUACUCAAAAAACCUCCAUUAAGUACUGAUUGGGGUGUAAAAAUAAUUGGACUAGAUAAUGUGAAUAGCGAUAAAGAAUGGGAAAAAUAUAUUCGUGAAAGGACAGCUUCAUCAUUACAUGCAUGUGGUACAGUAAAAAUGGCACCAGAAUCUCAAGGAGGAUGUGUCAAUCAUCGCCUUCAAGUUUAUGGAACAGAAAAUCUUCGGGUUAUUGAUGCAUCAAUUUUUCCAACUAUUCCAGCAGGUAAUACUAACGCUCCAACUGCUAUGGUCGCAUGGAGAGCAAGUAAAUUAAUUAAGGAAGAUUAUUAUAAAAAAGUUUAA